AUGAAUGACAGCCUGUUUGUCAUCUUGGACAGACUUUUGCUAGAAUUUGUUUUUCAGUAUGAGCAAGAUAUAAGGACUAAAGAAGACAUGAUUCACCGAAUUCAUAAAAGCUUUGAUGAUAUUAAACAAAAUAAAGCAACUAUUUGUAAGAUACAGGAAACUAUAAAUACAACAGAUGAGGAAAUUGGUUAUUACUUUAAACAUAGUAAGGAAAUCAAAGACAACUGUAGUAACUGGAAGCCAACAUGUGAUGUUUUUCAUAAACAUGAACACUAUAUGCAGGACCGAUUUACUGUUUAUCAAGAAACAAUUGAAAAAGACAAAAAAAUGUACCAUGGUUAUGUAUGUCAGUAUAAGGAUGUUUUGAAGCAGUACAAACUAAAAUACUCAGAAACACCUCUUUCACGUGAAUAUUAUGAGAAGAAAAGAGAACAUGAAGAAAUUCAAAAGAGAGUUUUGGCAUGUACUGAACAACUAAAAAUGAAUGAAACUAUUUUUAUGGAAUUUCUAGUGCCUGCUCCCUUUCCAUCACUUAUUAAAUGGACAUUACACAUGGUUAAUUUGAGAUGUAAAACACAAGAUAUUCUUAAACAUGCCAACAAUUUUUCCAAAAUUUCAUGUGAAUUGAAGAAAGAAAUAGAUGAAGUGGAAAUAGAAAUUAAUUAUUUAAACCAGCAGAUUGGAAGACUUUAUGAAACUAAGAAUCUUUCAGAAAUUCUGGAAGAAAAAAGUAAAAAUACAGAAAAAAGAAAGGAAUUGAAAGAAAGAAUUUUUGAAAAAGAUGAACAACAUGUACUUGUAUCGAAUAAAACCUCUCAGAAAAGUCAAUUACUUCUUUCAACUGAAUAUCAGAAAUUAGUCAGACCAAUCAAUGUUUUAUGUUCAGAACCAAGAGUUAUAGAUAAAAAAGAAGACAGUUUUGUGAAGCAGUCAAAGCUUUCCAAUGUUGACUUCAAACAAAAAGAAAAUAAUGUACAAGUAUUUAAUGACUCUGCUAUGAAUAUCCAUUCAAAAUGUUCACAUGUUACAGCUAUGAAAAGUUCACAGAAUUUUAUGCAGUUCAGAUUGUUAACUCCACAGAAACAAUCAAGUUUCAAUCAGUGGUUUGAUAAAGGAGACACAGAUGCUGAGAAUGGAGAUAAAGGGACAGCAGAACAAUUGAAAGAAUCAAAAUGUACUUCACAAGUGAUACAUGAAGAACAUUUUGGGAAGCCAAUAGAUAAUAAAGAUGAAGUAGAAGAAGGGGCUGAGAAUUUUUCACGAACUCCUGAAAUUCCUUUAUUUUUAAGAACUCCUGAAGCUGUGAAAACACCUGAAUCUUUGGAGAAAUUGCUGUUCCCUAAAACCCCUCCAUUUGAAAUAAACAGAAAUAUAGUGCCUGAAGAUCAGAUACAAAAGGAAUCCCCUGGGACUUCUUUUCUUAUGAGUUAUACUUCUAGAUCACCUGGAUUGAAUUUAUUUGAUUCUUCUAUAUUUAAUUCAGAAAUCUCAUCAGAUAAGUUUAAUGAACACUGUUCUGCAGGAAAUUUAAAUCCUCUUUCAUUACAACAAGAAGUUGGAAACUUAUUUGGGAAGCCAGAAGGAGAAGAUGCCUUUACAUUUUCUUUUCCAUUGGAUUCUUCAACUCAUACAUUUGGAGCUGGAAAAGAUGAUUUUAGUUUUCCAUUUUCAUUUGAACAGGAUCAAAAUCCAACACCUUCUUCUGUAAAAGGUUUUUCAUCUUCCUCACAAAAUACAACUCAAUUUACUUUUUUUUGA